AUGAAAAAAACGGAGAAAGAAAAGUUGGUGAGAGAGGCCUACAACUUCCUUGAAAGGGCCUUGGAAUUGGAUGUCAAUCAUUUCGCGGUCCAUAAAUGGAUGUCAGUGUUGCUGGACGCCAGAAGUGAGUUGGAUGGGAUAAAAGUGAGGAUUAGUAACCUGGAGAAAGUGAAACAGCAUAUGUUGGAGGCUGUCAAACUAAACCCCAAAGACGCUACAACUUUUUACAUGUUGGGCUCCUGGUGUUUUCAAAUCGCCAACAUGCCCUGGUAUCAGAAGCAAAUUGCCUCCACGAUUUUCGCGAAGCCUCCUGAAUCGUCGUUUGAGGAGGCUUUGGAGUAUUUCAGGAAAGCCGAGGAAAUUCAGCCGAAUUUCUACAAUCAGAACUUGUUCAUGCUGGGCCAGACUUACAUGAAGCUGGGUGAUAAAGAUGUGGCCAAGCGUUUCUUGACUCAGGCUGUCAAUUAUAAGGUGACCACUGAAGAUGAUAGGAAAGCUAAGAUGGAUGCUGAGAAUCUGUUGAAGAAACUGGGUUGA